AUGAAGGAUCUUUGUUCAUCACCAAAUCCGGAGCUCAUAGUUCCAAGCUCACCCACUUCUCCAAUCAUUGAUCCUCGUUUAUCUCCUAAUGGAUUACUCCUUGCAUAUGUUAAAGACUCUGAGUUGCAUGUUCUUAAUCUGUUGAAAAACCAGACACAACAGCUAACAAACGGUGCUAAUGGAACUACUCUGACUCAUGGUCUUGCUGAGUACAUAGCUCAAGAAGAGAUGGAUCGGAGGAACGGGUAUUGGUGGUCAUUAGAUAGCAAGUUCAUCGCUUACACAGAAGUAGACUCAUCACAGAUACCUUUGUUCAGAAUCAUGCAUCAAGGGAAAAGCUCUUUUGGUGCAGAUGCACAAGAAGAUCAUGCUUAUCCUUUUGCAGGAGCACUCAACUCCACGGUCUUAUAG